GUUUGUCUGGGCAACAUUGGUGGUACGUUUGCGCUCUACUGCAAUUUAAAAGGCGGAUGCUAACAGUUUAUCAAACCUCCUGUCUUAUUAUAGGACAUGGAACUCAUGUGUCUGGAAUCAUUGCCGGCGUUGAUCCAAGCAAGAGUUUCCUCGGUGUGGCACCAGACGUCACUUUGGGCAUGUGGCGUGUAUUCGGUUGUAGUGGUGGAGCUAGUGAAGAUACCAUCAUAAAAGCAAUGGAAAUGGCUUAUGCUGCAGGUUGCAAUGUAAUUAAUCUCAGCUUGGGCACGCAAUCUGCGUGGGCAGAGAACGCCAUGGCCGUUGUGGCUGACAGAUUGGCAAAGAAUGGUGUUGUUGUGGUAUCUGUUGCAGGAAACCAAGGUAGCGAUGGUGUCUUUAUGCAGAAUAGCCCUGGAUCGGGCUCACGGGUGAUUUCAGUGGCCUCUGUAGACAAUUCUUUCUAUCUCACACGCGUCGCCACGGCGAAUACAUUCCCGGAUGAAGUUUACCCAUACGAACUGUCAACAUCGACAGAACGCAUGCCUAAUGGGACACUCGCGGUUCUAUUCGACAAACUAACACAAGACAUUAUUACAGCAUGCUCAGCGGAUGCAAUACCUUUUACUUUUCCAUUGACCCAUUCUAUUCUACUUGUACGUCGUGGCGAGUGUAACUAUGCGGUCAAACUACAAGUCGCAGAGCAAGCAGGAGCCAAAGCAGUUUUAUUCUACGAUAGCAAGGGCCAGGACACAGAUCGCGCGGUCCAAGCCCUGACGGCCGAAAACACGAUACCAUCUGCCGGUAUUCCCAAAUCAUUCGCCGACAAGCUGAUUAAAGAAGCUUCCAAAACCGUCAACUCGACAGCACUCAGUGUCUCAUUCAGUAUUAAUGAAUACAACCAGACGAUCCCUUCUGCUGGCCAAAUCUCGAGCUUCUCCAGUGUUGGACCCACUUAUGAACUUGAUCUGAAGCCCACUUUGGCUGGUAUUGGGAAUCAAGUGCUCUCGACUAUGCCACUACGUAUGAGUAGUACUAAUGUUGGUUGGGCCACACGUUCAGGCACCUCAAUGGCGGCUCCUCACAUCAGUGGUGUGGUGGCACUCUUAUUGGAAUAUCACAAGCAACAAAAGAGAAAUAUUACUGCUGAUGCUCCAGCAUUUGUUACCGAGCUGUUGCAGAAUCAUGCACAGAUUGCCAUGUUUGACACGCUUCCUGACCAUCCCUUACUACAAGGAGCUGGAUUAGUACAACCGUUUACUUCGCUCCAAAGUGGAAUCCAUGUAUCACCGGGCCAUAUUAGUUUUAACGACACCACCAACAUCGUAAAGACCCAUCAGAUACAUAUCGCAAACGACGGAAUCAAGCCUGUGACCGCCCAACUUCAGCAUAGUCCAUCCAAGGCCAUUCUACCUUACACCAAUACUAGCAGCUUUACCUUGGCCCAGCCACAUCAAAGAGACGACACGCAUGUCGAGCUCGAGUUUGUACCAUCACGCAUCACCUUAGAUCCAGGUCAAUCAGUCGAUAUCCAGGUCACGAUACAUCUUCCACCCAUUGACUACCAUUAUCAAAUGUAUGGUGGCUUUAUCCAAUUUGUUCAAGAAGACGACCACACCAUGAAGAGCAAAUUGGCCUCUAUGCCUUAUUUUGGUGUACUUGGAUCAGUGAACGAGCUGCCUCUAUUCGAUCAAAACUUCCCAUACCUUGCACCUGGUGGCAACCCGGACAUCAUGUACGGUCCCUCUGAAACGUUUAUAUUGAACACGACCCAUGCCCAGUACCCUGACAUUAUCUGUCGCUUGUUAUCACCGACCGCUCGCGUGUCCAUUCAAGUAGUCACCGACGAUGACACAAUCAAAGUCAUUGGCGAUAUUGAUGGUGGACCCUUUAAAUACUGGGAAAGAAACCGACUCGCUGGAACUGACUAUUAUCGAAGCAUACAGUGGAAUGGUAAAAUUGUGACAAACGGCAUCGGCUCCGAGGCCACCACCAUGGUUUCUCAAGGCACUUACCGUCUACGUCUUCGAGCACUGAAAAUGUUUGGGAAUCCAGAUAUACCCGAACAAUGGGAGGAAUGGAUCUCUGGUCCUAUACUUGUACAGUAACAUCACCCAUCAUCAAAUUGUACUUUUUUUUCAUUUCUGUUUUCCACUACGUACGAGCCACAAAACAAGCAUUCAAUUGUACAUACAGUGUUCAACUUUAGCAUGAUCCGACCAACUAUUUUUAUCUAGUUUAUUGUUAUGAUAUUAAAGCCCGUAUGUAGUAGCUUCUACUACUAGCACC